UAUUUUCACCAGCAUAAGGAAACUAUAAACAACAAUCAACCUAGUUUGUUCAACUUCUUUUUCCACAAGUACAAACAAAGCAAAAUCUAUACUUGAAAUCCUUCCAUUUCCUUGCUUAAUUUUCUGCUAGAUCAAUUCUCAACUCCCAAAAAAAAAAAUGGCUUCCCCAUGUACUACUUACCAUCCAAGUCCUGGCAGCCCUGAAGAUGACUCAAUGGUACUUUUCUCAACUUCAACUUCAUGUUCACCAGCCAAAGAAUCCACUAGAACUCAUUCUAAUUCUUCUUCCUUUAAUUCAUCAUCGCCACCACCACCACCACCACGACCAUCUUCAAAUAAAACUUAUGAACUAAGAAUUCGAAAUCUCUCCUAUACCAUUUCCCCGAAUUCAUCGGCCUUUUCUUCCUUACUGAAGAAGAGUACUAAGCCAAAAAUAAGCAUACUCAAAUCAGUCUCUUUUGUGGCUGGAUGUUCGGAGAUUUUAGCAAUUGUUGGACCAAGUGGCACGGGCAAGUCAACGUUGCUACGUGUGAUAUCAGGCAGGGUAAGUAAUAAAGAGUUUGAUCCAAAGAGUAUUUAUCUAAACGACCAUGCAAUUACUAGUCCUGCACAAUUGAGAAACAUAUGUGGUUAUGUUGCUCAAGAGGACAACUUGCUUCCUCUGUUAACAGUGAAGGAAACAUUAAUGUUCAGUGCCAAGUUUAGGCUAAGAGGGAUGAGUCCAAAAGAGAGAGAAGAAAGGGUUGAAAACUUGAUGCAAGAACUUGGCCUUGAUCAUGUAGCUGACAACUUUGUUGGAGAUGAAGAGAACAGAGGAAUUUCAGGUGGUGAAAGAAAAAGGGUGUCAAUUGGAGUUGACAUGAUUCAUGAUCCUCCUAUAUUACUCCUAGAUGAGCCAACUUCAGGACUAGAUAGUAGUUCAGCACUUCAAGUAAUGGAAUUGCUCUCAUCCAUGGCAAAAGCAAAACAAAGAACCAUAAUUUUAUCUAUCCAUCAGCCUAGCUAUAGAAUUCUUCAGUACAUUUCUAAUCUCUUGAUCCUUUCUCAUGGAUCAGUUGUUCAUUAUGGUUCUCUUGAAUCAUUAGAGGAAAAUAUAACCAGGAUGGGAUAUGAAAUACCUAUUCAGCUCAACCCUCUUGAAUUCGCCAUGGAAAUUAUAUCCGUGUUGGAAAACCAGGAAACACGUCCCAAUUAUCAGUCAUGUUCCUAUUUGAGAUGGGAAGAGGCUAUAAUUCAAGAUGAAGCUAAUAAACAAGCUAUCGAUCAAGCAAAAGCUGGUACAAUUUCGAAUCCACAUUGCUCAAGUUUAUUCGAAAUAGCAGUGUUAUGUUCAAGAUUCUGGAAGAUUAUUUACAGGACAAAACAGCUUUUCUUGGCAAGAACGAUGCAAGCUCUAGUGGGAGGAUUUGGACUAGGGAGUGUGUAUAUAAAAAUGAGGCAUGAUGAAGGUGCAGUUACAGAAAGAUUAGGCCUUUUUGCGUUUAGCCUUAGUUUUCUUCUUUCUUCCACAGUUGAAGCACUUCCAAUUUAUCUUCAAGAAAGGCGUGUGAUCAUGAAAGAAGCCUCAAGAGGAGCGUAUAAAAUCUCUUCUUACAUGAUCGCAAACACCAUAGUCUUUCUCCCAUUUCUCUUUGCAGUGGCAAUUCUUUUUGCUGUCCCGGUUUACUGGAUAGUCGGGCUGAAUCCUUCGAUUGCAGCAUUCGUGUUCUUCACUUUCGUGGUUUGGGUGAUCGUGUUGAUGGCUAGCUCUUUGGUUCUGUUUCUGAGUGCAAUUUCCCCUGAUUUUAUUUCAGGGAAUUCACUGAUUUGCACUGUUCUUGGGGCUUUCUUUCUAUUCUCAGGCUAUUUUAUUCCAAAGCAAUGCAUACCAAAAUAUUGGCUUUUCAUGUACUAUGUCUCGUUAUAUAGGUACCCGUUGGAUGCUUUGCUCACAAAUGAAUACUGGAGCUUGAGAAACAAAUGUUUCUCUUGGAAUGAAAAUCACUCAGAAUGUUUGCUUACAGGAUAUGAUGUAUUGAAGAACAGAGGACUUGACAAGGAUACUAGGUGGAUGAAUGUUGGAAUUAUGCUCGCCUUCUUUGUGUUUUAUAGGGUGAUUUGUUGGAUUAUUCUUGCAAGAAAAGUGUCAAAGACAACAAUUUGAAAGAUUCUAACAUGUUGGAGAUCAGAAAAAACACAUUGUUGAAGAUUGCAGACCAAGUAUCCCAUGUUUAUACGCACAAUAGAUCUAUGUUGCUCAAAUUAUUCAUAAAUGUCAUCGUGUGUGUGCCAGAUCCUCCAAAAUAGUGCAUUUUUUACAGCUUCGACACAUAUAUGACAACAUUUUUGAAGAGUCCGAGAAACAUAGCAAUAGAUUAGCUUAUUGGAGUGAAAUUGGAGAAAUCUUUUGACGUGUGAUUCUUUUGUAGUUCACUUCCUUUUAAUCUUGUCGUCACGUACUAUUAGCCUAAAAUCUUUAUGAAUCUUGUUUUUUUUUUUUUU